AUGGCGAUUUUUGAAUUGAUACUGCAAGAGAGAUUCGGUAAAGUGGUGGAAAAUCUUCAACUCGCUCAUAAACUAGGAGUACGAUUAGCGUGUGGAGGAGAUACAGGUACCUUUCCACAUGGCGAGAAUGCGAGAGAAAUGGAGAUCUUUAUAGAAGCGGGAAUAUCAGUAGGAGACACGCUAGGAGCUGGUACCGUCGGAGGUUGGGAGGCAUGCGGCGGUGAUCUAUGUGGGAGGAGAUUCGGAUGGUUCGAGGAGGGUUGUGCGGCAGAUAUCAUCGCAUUGGAUACUGAUCCACGUGAAGACCCCAAAGCGUUGAGAAAGGUGUCGUUCGUCAUGAAGGAUGGGCGUAUAUGGAAACAAGAUAACGAGCCGGUUGAUCUAUUCCCUCCCUAG